AAGUUAGAAACCCUAAUUUGGUUUUAAAAUUAAAAACGGUCGAUUAUUGUUUCCUUUUCUGGCGUUAAAUGAAGGAAGAACAACUUUAAGAUUUGCAGAGAAAAGUUUUCGGUAAAUUAAAUAAUGAAUUCUAAAUAGUUUCGAUCGAUAAAACUUGUCUGCUUCAUGAGAGACACAACACAAAGCCAUGUUAAUAAAAAAAAACACUACUAUUAUACAUUUUCUUUUUGGAUUCUUCUCAUUUCACUAUAAACCAAGAAAAAAAAAUAAGAAGAAAAACUUCAAUUUUUCUCGGGAGAAUCAAGGUUGAUGGCUCGAAAUAUCAGUAUUUCACAUGGUCAAAACAUUAACUUAUAUUUUAGUUACCGAGUGCGUUUUUGCUAUAAUAAUAAUCUGCAUUGUUGUCACUGUUUAACUUAAGAGUGGACACUGAUUCUUCUAAACACGUGGUCCUCUUUGUCUCUUCCCUUAAGCAAAACACUUCUGAAUCUGAUUAUUAGUAUAAUUAUCAGACUGCUUCUAUAAUGAAUUAUUAAAAAUCUUAGUUCAAGGAAACUUCUUUUUGUGAACUUUGAGAUGGUUUUUGAUUUUCAUGCAAAGAGGAACAAGAAGAAAGGUGGGUCUGUGACUAAAAACAGAAAUCUCCAUUAAUUUGUCCAGCCCAUCUCUGAUCAGACCAUGGCACACCCGUGACAAUGACACUGAUAUAUAAACCUAGUUUUAAAGUAAACGUCUUUUGAUCUAAAUCAAGAAUAUCUCUGUUUAUGUGAAAGUGCUAUUAAACCACUACUAGUAGUAGUACUAGCUAGACCUGCCUUUCUCUCUCUCUCACUGCUUUCUUGUUUGACAGUUUGGUUUUAUAGUCCUAGGCACAGCUUUUCUUAUCUUUUCUUUUCAACUCAUAGCUCUCAAGCUGUUCUUGUUGUCUGUCCCUUUUAACUUUUCUUAGGAUAGGGGACCCCUAUCCUACUAUAGAACCUCACUUUAUUGUGUUAUGAAGCAAGUCAGCUUGUCGCACGGACCAAAGAUUGUCUUUUUCAAUCUCCAUGUCUUGAUCUCUUUGGAUUUUUACUUCUGCUUUGGCUUGAUCUUGAUGUAGAAAACCAUCUUAAAAACACCCACAGAUCUUACAUUUUUUUAUUAUAUUUUUAACUUGGAUUGCUUUAAAGAGAUUCUUGAUUCUUGAUCCUGAGUCUCGGUUGUAAAUAUAAUAAAAGGGGAGGCAUUAGCUGCUGAAUCAAAUCAAUGCAAGCUUGUACUUGUUAUAGCUUGAAUGGAAGUUUUAUAUGGUUCUAAGAGAGCAGCAAUGGCCAAGAAGCUACAGCAACCUGUCACCGAUACUACAAGACCGCCUCUUGUUCCAGCGGAGAAGAACAAUGCAGUCUCUGCCACGCGCCGGUCUAAAACAAUGGAGGUCAGUUCAAGAUACAGAUCACCUACUCCCACUAAAACUCGAAGAUGUCCUUCACCUAAUGUCACUAGGACUGUGUCAUCAACCUCUCAGCCAUUAUCGAAAAGAGCUGUUUCAGCAGAAAGGAAACGCUCUUCAACGCCAACUACUCCCACAAACCCGUCCACACCGGUUAGUGAUGUAUCUAUAGAUUUACCUGUUUCUUCUAAGAAACUAUCUACCGGUCGUGUACCUGAAGGGUUAUGGCCUUCUACUAUGAGGAGCCUCAGCGUUUCGUUUCAGUCUGAUUCAGUCUCAGUUCCUGUUGUUAAGAAGGAGAAACCGUUUGUUACUUCUUCUAUUGACCGCACAUUGAGACCGUCUUCAACGUCUGUCUCAAGGAAACAUACGCCUGAGAGGAAGAGAAGUCCACUAAAGGGUAAAAAUGUGUCUGUAACUCAAUCAGAGAAUGGUCCUCAUAGUAGGUUAAUAGAACAGCAUCGGUGGCCUAGUAGAAUGUCUAUGAACAGAAGCUUGGAUCUUGGUGAUAAAGUGGUUAGGACAACGUCUCUGUCUUUGUCCAACAAAAGCUCUAAACCUUUGCAGAAAACUUCCACCGACACGGCGAGGCUGUUGUCAUGUUAUGAAAAUAGUGGACUAGUAAUGUCUCCAACAAAUUCAGAAGAUAGUAAUAGUUCAUUAGAUAGAGCAACUUCAGCUAGACUGCACCCAUUGUCUGCUCCUGGAUCACGCGCUGCUUCUCCAAGCAGAUCCUCAUUUUCAUCAUCAUCAUCAUCCUCCUCCUCUCAUUCUCGAGGGAUGAGUCCUUUGAGAAGCGCGAAUCUCUCUUGUUUGAGAGCGUCUACGCCGCCACCAAGAGGUGUAAGUCCUUCCCGGUUAAGACAAACCAACGCGUCUACAAGCAGCCCAACCUCGGUUCUCAGUUUCAUGGCUGAUGUUAAGAAAGGAAAAAAGGCAAGUUACAUUGAAGAUGUUCAUCAACUGCGCUUGCUAUAUAAUAGAUAUUCACAAUGGCGGUUUGCAAAUGCUCGAGCUGAGGGAGUCAGAUAUAUUCAAAGGUUAAUCGCAGAGGAGACUCUAUACAAUGUCUGGCAUGCAACAUCAGAACUAAGAUAUCAUGUGACAAGUCAAAGAAUCUACCUCCAACAGUUGAAGCUAGAAAUCAAGAUUGAAGAUAUCUUAAGUAAACAGAUGAGUUGCCUUGAAGAUUGGGACAUACUUGAGAGAGAACACAUUAGUUCUGUAGCUGGUGCCAUAGCAGACUUGGAAGCAAAUACUCUCCGCCUUCCACUAGCCGGAGGAACAAAGGUGGACCUGGGAUCUCUGAAGUUGGCUAUGUCCUCAGCACUUGAUGUUAUGCAGACUAUGGGAUCAUCGAUCUGCUCUUUACACUCACAGAUGGAAGAGAUGAAUAAGCUUGUUUCAGAUCUCGCUGUUAUAGCUACAAAAGAAAAAUAUAUGCUUGGCAAAUGUGAAAAUCUAUUGGCAUCAACCGCAGUCAUGGAGAUAGAAGAGAGUAGCCGCAUGACUCAUUUUAUGCAAAAGAAGCAAGAAGAAGUAAGAGAUGAUGCAGUGCCAUUGCUGCCAUUGACUAAGCAAGUGCUUAUGAACGUAACAACACACUUGGAGUUUCCACGGCCAACUCUUAAAAACUAAUUGUAAAUUGCUUGUUUUUGACUAGCAUUACUUCUGCCAACACUAGUAUUGAUUAGGUUGCGUUGUAGCACUGCCUGUUAUAAAGAAAAACAAAGAAUUGUGUAUCGACAAA